AUGGCGUCUGACAGUCUGCUUUGGGUAGACAAGUACCGCCCAUCGUCAUUUGAUGAGCUAUCUUUCCACGAGGAUCUCACAAAACGACUUCGAAACCUCUGCUCGUCUAACGAUAUCCCACACCUCUUAUUUUAUGGACCCUCAGGAGCUGGGAAGCGGACGAGAGCGGGGUGUGUUCUAAAAGCCCUUUUCGGACCGAGGGCAGACAAGAAAAAAGUCGUUCAUCGCGUUUUCAAGGUUGGUGAGUCAUCCAAGCAAGUCGAAGUUACAACAGUUGCGUCAUCCCAUCAUGUUGAGUUUAAUCCGUCGGAGUCUGGAAAUAACGACAGAUUAGUGGUUCAAGAGCUAAUCAAGGAUAUGGCAUCGUUUGCACCAAUAGACAUGACAUCCUCGAAUGUAUCCAUCAAGAAGUCUCUUAAGGUAAUCGUGCUUCAUGAAGUCGAUCAAAUGAGUAGGUUGGCACAACAGGCCUUACGUAGGACCAUGGAGAAGUAUUCUAGAACAUGCCGUAUCAUUAUGAUCGCCGAAAGUGUGACAAGGGUGUUGGAGCCCUUGCGCUCUCGAUGCUUAGGAAUCAGGGUUGGACUUCCUACAGAAGGCCAUAUCCAGUCUGUCCUUAGCGGAAUUGCUAAAAGGGAGGGUGUUUCUCUUCCAGAACCACUCAGUAAGAGACUUGCCCAGCAAUCAUCUCGAAAUCUCCGUCGCGCCAUUCUGCAAUUUGAAGCAACUCGUGUUUCUGUCGGUGGUCUAGAUUUACCUCCAGGGGCACCUAUCAUGCGCGGAGACUGGGAAUAUGCAUGCAAUGAUGCCGCCAUCCUCAUGACACGAUCUCAAUCUGCUCAACAGCUUGUGCAUGUUCGGAAACGCCUGCAAGAGCUCCUCGCCCACGCCAUCCCGCCUGAUGUUAUCUUGCGGCGAUUAGUGGAAAACAUUCUCAAUAUCGCGGACGAUGAAAUUUGCCCGGAAAUAUGCCAGCUGUCUGCGAAGUUCGACCGCAACCUAACCAAUGGUACGAAGCCCAUAUUUCACCUUGAAGCCUUUGCCGCAAGAUUCAUGCAGGUUUACGCUCAGUUCCUCAGAUCCCAAGCAGUAAUGUUAGAUUGA